AUGACAAACUUAGAAAACAUCUGUGGCAAGUUUAACUCCUCAAUAGAGAAUAUGAAACUUAUAGUUUGCAAUGAACUUCAAAGUAUAGAUACAACAAAAGUUUUGAACUCAGAUGCUUUGAAGAGUCUUAUAACAGACAAAGUUGGAGUUGUUGAAAGAAAGUAUAAAGACCAAAGAGUUUGUGAAAAUGUUGCAAACUUCAUUAUGGUUUCAAACAAUGCUGUUCCGAUGAAGUUAGAAAGUUCUGACAGAAGAUAUGUAGUUGUCAGAACGUCAGAUUCUCAUAUGCAAGAUACAGAAUAUUUUGACGACUUAGCAGAAACUUUGACAUCUGACUUUUACAACCACUUGUUCUCAUAUUUCAUGACAUUAGAUAUUUCUAAGUUCAAUCCAAGACAAAUUCCACAUACCGAAGAGAGACAAACAUUGUUAGAAGCAAACAAGAGUGUAUAUGAACUGUUCAUAGAAGAAAGCGACUUUGAGUGUUUAGAUGAAAAGUCUUUAUAUGAUGAAUAUAAACAAUAUUGUCAAGAGUAUGGUUAUAUGCCAGCGUCUAAACGAACAUUCUUGGCAAAUGUCAAAAGUCUUUUAGACGUACAGAAUGGUGUAUAUACAAAGAAAAAUUUUUCUGAGUAA